AAGCGAGUCGGUGGAGCCCAGAAAGAAAUUACGACAAGUGUGGAAAGUGCGAGUGCGGAAGCUCCGAAGCGAGGGGCGGGGCGUGCGCGGGACAAAGGGAAGCGAAGCCGGAGCUGCGGGCGCUUUUUCUGCCCGCGGUGUCUCAGUCAGAUUCAUUCUUAAGGAACUGAGAACUUAAUCUUCCAAAAUGUCAAAAAGACCAUCUUAUGCCCCACCUCCCACCCCAGCUCCUGCAACACAAAUGCCCAGCACACCAGGGUUUGUGGGAUACAAUCCAUACAGUCAUCUCGCCUACAACAACUACAGGCUGGGAGGGAACCCGGGCACCAACAGCCGGGUCACGGCGUCCUCUGGUAUUACGAUUCCAAAACCCCCAAAGCCACCAGAUAAGCCACUGAUGCCCUACAUGAGGUACAGCAGAAAGGUCUGGGACCAAGUAAAGGCUUCCAACCCUGACCUAAAGUUGUGGGAGAUUGGAAAGAUUAUUGGUGGCAUGUGGCGAGAUCUCACCGAUGAAGAGAAACAAGAGUAUUUAAACGAGUACGAAGCAGAGAAGAUCGAGUACAAUGAGUCCAUGAAGGCCUAUCACAAUUCCCCCGCAUACCUUGCUUACAUCAACGCCAAAAGUCGUGCCGAGGCCGCCCUGGAGGAGGAAAGCCGACAGAGACAGUCUCGCAUGGAGAAAGGGGAGCCCUACAUGAGCAUCCAGCCCGCGGAAGACCCCGACGAUUAUGAUGAUGGCUUUUCAAUGAAGCAUACAGCCACUGCCCGUUUCCAAAGAAACCACCGCCUCAUUAGUGAGAUCCUGAGUGAGAGUGUGGUGCCAGACGUGCGGUCCGUCGUUACAACAGCUAGAAUGCAGGUGCUGAAACGACAGGUCCAGUCCCUCAUGGUUCAUCAGCGAAAGCUGGAAGCUGAACUUCUUCAAAUAGAGGAGCGACACCAGGAGAAGAAGAGGAAAUUCCUGGAAAGCACAGAUUCCUUCAACAAUGAACUCAAAAGGUUGUGCGGUUUGAAGGUAGAAGUGGAUAUGGAGAAAAUUGCAGCUGAAAUUGCACAGGCAGAGGAGCAGGCCCGCAAGCGGCAGGAGGAGAGGGAGAAGGAGGCGGCAGAGCAGGCCGAGCGCACCCAGAGCAGCGUCGUUCCUGAGGAAGAGCAAGUGGCCAACAAGGCCGAGGAUAAGAAAGACGACGAGAACAUUCCAAUGGAGACAGAGGAGACACAACUGGAAGAAACGACAGAGAGCCAGCAGAAUGGCGAAGAAGGCACGUCCACUCCUGAGGACAAGGAGAGCGGGCAGGAGGGGGUCGACAGCAUGGCCGAGGAAGGAACCAGUGACAGUAACACCGGCUCGGAGAGCAACAGUGCCACCGUGGAGGAGCCGCCGGCAGACCCCAUCCCAGAGGAGGACAAGAAAGAAUAGAUGUUGCCUUGUUUUAUGUGUUCAGAAUACUUUUUUAAAUGAAAAAAAAGGUUUUUUGGUUUUAA